CAAAGGAAUCUCCGGUAGGUAUCGGUAUAUCUAUCUCGCGCUUGCAGUCUUGGAAGUCAACCCACAUUUCUCAGAGCAAAGCAAGAAGCAAAAUGACCAUCGUACACAUCGUCCUGUUCAAAUUCCGUGCCGAAGUGACAAACGAGCACAAGGAGAAGUUUGUGACAGAGCUCAAGAAGCUCAAGUCGUUACCAUGUGUCAAGGAGCAACGACUUGUGGUAGGCGGAGCAUCGAUAACAGAUCCGAUCGAGCGGAGCAAAGGUUUCCAAUUCGCGUUGUUGAGCUUUCACGAGAACCGAGCUGCGCUUGAGGAAUAUCAGAAAUCUAGCGAGCAUCACUAUGUUACGAGCACAUAUAUGUUCCCCUACAAGGAGGACUUGAUAAGAUAUGACUUUGAGGUUGAUGAAUCGGAUGAACACCUCGUAUACGUACAGCCUGUCUUCGCUUGCGACGCAGCAUUACCGAAAUGUACUUCGUGUGAAAAAUCCGGUAAGGCAUGCGAAUACCAGGAUGGCAGCCUCGUUGAUCAUCAGACAAGAGCGCACUACAUACAGCAUCUCGAACACCGGGUGAGCUGGCUCGAGACCAUCGUCAAGGACAGGUGCCCUGAUGUAGAUUUGUCGCACGAGCCUGAUACCGGGGGCUCUGCCGUGCAAGACACCUCAAUAUCCGUCCCCAACGAUGCAUUCUCUCACAUCGCUGAUGACCACCAUGAACUUGACAUCGAGCUCGACAAUCAAGAUGUUCCGCAAGACACAUCUAUGGCUGCACACGAGGCAGGAACACGUAGUAUAGAAGCACGUCGGGGCACCUCGAAUAACGCGGAUUCAAGCAUAGCCCACCAGAUAGGCCUCGUGUCGCUUCCCAACGGAGAUGACCCGCGUUACAUUGGGCCUUCAAGUGGUCACUUCUUCACGCAGCUAAUUUGUACGGCCAGUGCAUCGACGAAGAACACAUCCUCCCUUCGUCUUGGCAGGGGAAAUAUGACUUUGCAACAAGACAGUUCCUUGGCCGAGAGACUCCUUCGCGGUGUCCAAACACCGCUCCCAUCAAGCAAGAACUUGACGAGAGAACUGACCAUGAGUUAUUUCAAAACAAUUCAUCAGCACCUGCCGUUCCUACACGAACCAUCCCACUUUGAUCUGGUAGACGACAUGUACGCCUCUACCGACCCCGAUCCGGUCGCCGCUUUCCAAGUCUAUAUGGUACUCGCACUCUCAUCCAUCAUGCUCUCACGUCGCGACAGAGCCGUGCUGCCAAGCGAAGGUUGGUAUGCCAAGGCUAUGUCGUUCUUCGAAGAGGCUCCACUUGAGAGCUCAACUAGAGGCUUACAAUGCCUUUUGCUACUGUAUGUCUGGGGUAUGCAUAGUCCAACGACGAAAUUGAACAUAUGGUAUCUCAAUUAUCAAUGCAUCGCUAUGGUAGUGGAUCUUGGUCUGCAGAGAGACAUCACAUCUUCUAUGUCUAUACCGCCACUCAAGCAAGAGAUGAGAACGCGACUAUUCUGGGUUGUUUACAGCUUGGAUAGAUCGCUGUGUACCAUGAUGGGUCGACCAAUCGGACUUCGAGAUGAAGCAUGCGAUCUGAGACUUCCAGCGGAUGUUAGUGAUACAGACUUGUCUUCGACGAGCAUGGUACAAAGAUCAUCUGGAGGGCCUCCUAGCCAUAUGAGCUAUGCGAUACACAUGUUCAAGCUAGCCAAGCUCAACUCGGAGAUGAAAUACAUCCUCCACAGCAUCUCUCGUGAUACGCCGACCUAUGCUUACCCAGCGAUUCGCUGCAUGCAGACAUGGCAAAGAGAUAUGGCAAGUCGUCUCGAUCAGUGGGCAACUCACAUACCACAGACGCCUGGUCCCAGGGACUAUGUGGCCAAGCUUUGUGACAUCCGUUACCACGUCUUGAAGACCCUUCUCCUGCGGCCAAGUCCGGGAAUACCACAUCCUGACUCGGAAUGUUUGAAAGGCUGCUACAAGAGUGCUAUGGCUGCCGUCAGACUCUACCACGAACUCUACGUCGACAACUUAUUGGCCUUCAGCUGGACUUCAUAUCAUUCUAUCAUGAUGAGUACUGUCACAGUAUUCUUUUGUAUCUGGACCUGUCCGGCCGUCACCCAGGAAGCAAGAAUAGAUGAGCUCGUAUCUGACCUACGCGCGGCGUCGAAUAUUCUCAGUGCUACAGGCGAACACUGGCCAGGAGCAAAGAGGAGCCGUGACAUCUUGGACGAGUUGUCACAUAGAACUAUCAGUUGGAUCAUGGAUCGUAGAAACCGGAGUGGCGGUGACACAGACCCGCAUCUCGACACUAUAUCAGGCGGCGUGAAUAAUUCUGAAUCCAACGCUCCGUUCAACGCGACAGCACAUACAAACACUGCUGAGCUCGAAGCUUUGAUGCAACAAUACAGUCGCAACUGGACGCCAGGACUCGAUCUUUCCCUAUCGAAUUUGGAUACCGCAUCGGACCCGAGCGCAGGAUUUUGGAUGGGGGACAUGAACACAGACACAUUUCUCCAGGAUCUCUUUGAUGGGCUGGCUCCUAUGUCAUUCUAG